AUGUUGACAAGAAAUAACAGUAAUCCAUUUAUUCGUUUAAAUAUAAUUGAUAAAUCUUCACUAUUAACAUCAAAUAAUCGACAAAAACAAGAACAUCUAUGUAUAUUUGAUUGUCAAUUUAUAAUACCAUUUGAUGAACCAUUACUCGAACCUUCAAAUUGUCGUGAACAGGUAACAUCAAAUGCAUGUGAAGUUUAUAUUAGAAUGGAUUUUAGUUUGAAUUCUACAUAUUUUGUAUUUUUGAACGAAACACUUAAUCUAACUAUUGACAAUAUUCGUCUAGACACCGUUUCUGCAGAAAUAUUAGGUUUUGAAUUUGAUGAUAGAGCAUUAUAUUAUAUUAUUCAAUACCAAUGUUCAAAUGGUAAUAAAUGUGAAUGGAAUUAUAUAAUAGAAAAUAUUCCUCGUCUAAUUGUAACUAAUUAUCUACCACUUUAUGAUUCAUUAUCACGAUUAAUUUAUAAUGAAAAUCCUGAAACAAUGGCUUCUCAUUGUUAUUCCUCGGAUGAACUAACUGAAUGCUCAAGUGGUAUAUGUGAUUUUUCUCAAUUUCUUGAUCCGGAAAAUUUUACAUUAAUUAGUACUCGUCAAUGUUUAAUGUCUGAUACACCGAAGAUUUAUUUUGGACGAUACCGAUAUACACCUGGUCCAAUGAAAUAUGAUUUUGAUUACCUUUAUUUUGUAUGUAAUAUAAAUGAAUGUAAUAGUCCGGAGAAUGAACUUGCUAUUAAAAGUUUAAUUGGAUUUAACGAUAAUACAAAUCUUGGGUUGAUUAAAACAGGAUACUUAUAUCCAGUAUUUAGUAUGUAUUUUAUUAUUUCAUUAUUAAUAAAGAAUUGUUUAAUUUAA